GGAGCCACAAUAAAGCGUGAUGAGCACACAGGAGCCAUCCUUGUCGCCAGGAUCAUGAGAGGUGGAGCAGCAGACAGAAGUGGUAAGUUAUCUCUGGCUCUCUAUCUCCCCCCCCCCCCCUUCUCGCUCUCUGCCGCCCUCUCUCUCUUUCUGGCCCCUCCCUUCUCUCUCUCUCUCUCUCUCUCUCUCUCUCUCUGUUGUCCACCCUAUACUCAGUGUGUAAUGUAAAGUGUAUUCGUGUCCUGUUGUAAAGUGUAUUCAUGCCCUGUGAAAUUGAUACGUAGUGGUAAAUCGCGAAGCCCAAUGAUCACUAAUACCACCAUGAAGGAGAGCGGAGAGCAACCCCCCCAAGCUGUGUGUGUUACUAAAGCAAUACGACCUCACACAUUCAUUAUACUCUGUUUAAUAUGCAGUAUGCAUUUAUUGUUUAGCCUGAUAUUAACUCCCAAAGGAUUUCUAUUAGUAGGUCAGUAUUUUCUAUUGUGUGUGUAUAGCUGUGUUUGUAUGCACUCUGUACAGUGUGUGUUAUGUCUCUGUGUCCGUGUCUGCUUGACACUCUCUCUCUCUCUCUCUCUCUUUCUCUCUCCCUCCCUCUCUCUUCCUCCCUCUCCCUCUCUCUGUCCCCUGUCUUGUCCCUGUCCCAGGUCUGAUCCAUGUAGGGGACGAGCUGAGGGAAGUGAACGGGAUUCCUGUGGAUGACAAGAAGCCUGAUGAAAUCAUCCACAUUCUGGUGUGUGUGCGUGCAUGUCUGUGUGUGUUUUAGUCCAUGCUUGUGUGUGUAUGUUAUCAUUGACCUGCUGUUUAUAGUUGUGUUUUGGUCCCGGGGCCCCGUGGCUAUAGAGAUUUACAGUCUUGUUUGUAGUGGCAGGACUCUCUCCUCCUAACUCAUCCUCACUGGGCGGCAAUGUCCCUAUGAUUCAUCUGUGUAGACAGCUAAGCUAAACUCUGGCCAGCCCUGCUGUACCAGCAGGCCCAGGAGCAGGCCUCUGUUUGGGAUAUGUUGGGCCACAUACUCCCACUGGAAGAGACAAGCAGGGAGAGGUCCCUGUAGGGGGCUUUGUAGUCUCUCCAAACAAACACACAUACACCGCCACAGUCCUCAGAUCAGCUCUGGGUAGAGAUGGAGCUGGAGAGGAAAGAGAAAGAUAGUUUGGAAUUGGUAGACUGGGACCUGUUAAAAGCUGUAUUUGCUUUAGGGCCAGAAUCCUCUUGGCAGCUCUCCUCUUCCCUCCGCUCCACUCUCCCAGCAGUCAUACUAUCCUAAUUGUUGAAAUUAUCUAUUGUUGAAAAAUAAAACCGCUCUUCAUAUUAAAGCUUUCUCAUUGGAUUAGGCUAGUUGGGUUUUGAGUUAUUUGCAAUGAAACUGUAUUUUUGCCCUCUCCCCACCCCCCUUUCUCUCUCUCUAUCUCUCUCUUUCUCGCCCUCUAUCUGUCUUUCUGUUGUCUGUGUUUCAGUCCCAGUCCCAAGGGGCCAUUACGUUUAAAUUAAUACCAGCCAUCAAAGAGGAGAUGCCAAGCAAGGAGCCCAAGGUAAGGUCCUGCUGCUGCCGUCCUACCGUAUUCAUUAUGCUGAUUGGGUUACACUGCUUACUGCCUUUAGUGCUGGGCCCCGUAUUCACAAAGACUCUUGAGUAUCUCAGAGUGUUGAUCUAGGAUCAGGUCCCCCAUCUUAUUCAUUAUGAUUUUAAAGACAAAACUGAUCCUAGAUCAGUGUUGGGAACCUACUCUGAAAAAAGAGUUUACCAAACUACCAAUUACUUAACACUGAAAGAAGUUAAGCUACACUAAAUCGACCCUUAAGAAACAAUAUAAUUAACUUAACUAAAGUUACUUUGAAAAAGUAAUUCACUACAUCCAAACUACUUCAUGAAAAAAUUACCAUGUCAUUCACUAUAAAUUGCAACAACAGAUCACUUUGGGCUCAUAUGUUAAAAUAAUGUGUAAUUUAACCUAUUAAACACAAAAACUAUUUUCAAGUGAGAAUUAGGCAGGUCUCUUGUGUUUAGUUCCAGUAGUUAGCUAUACAACUACAUGGCAAAAAAGUAAAUAACUACUGAAAACACUAGAUUUGAAUUUAGUUAAACUACUACCAAGCUACAUGUAGUUAGUUCACUACUCUCCAACACUGUCAGCACUCCUUUAUGAAUAUGGUCCCUGGAGUCUACGCAUUCCUCAACGGGAAAUCUACAGUGCCUUGCAAAGCUAUUCAUCCCCCUUGGCGUUUUUUCCUAUUUUGUUGCAUUACAACCUGUCAUUUAAAUGGAUUUUUAUUUGGAUUUCAUGUAAUAGACAUAAACAAAAUAGUCCAAAUUGGUGAAGUGAAAUGAAAAAAAUAACUUGUUUAAAAAAAAUUCUAAAAAAUAAAUAACGGAAAAAUGGUGCGUGCAUAUGUAUUCACCCCCUUUGCUAUGAAGCCCCUAAAUAAGAUCUGGUGCAACCAAUUACCUUCAGAAGUCACAUAAUUAGUUAAAUAAAGUCCACCUGUGUGCAAUCUAAGUGUCACAUGAUCUGUCACAUGAUCUCAGUAUAUAUACACCUGUUCUGAAAGGCCCCAGAGUCUGCAAAACCACUAAGCAAGGAGCACCACCAAGCAAGCGGCACAAUGAAUACCAAGGAGCUCUCCAAACAAGUCAGGGACAAAGUUGUGGAGAAGUACUGAUCAGGGUUGGGUUCUAAAAAAAUAUCCGAAAUGUUGAACAUCCCACGGAGCACCAAUAAAUCCAUUAUAAAAAAAUUGAAAGAAUAUGGCACCAUAACCAACCUGCCAAGAGCGGGCCGCCCACCAAAACUCACGGACCAGGCAAGGAGGGCAUUAAUCAGAGAGGCAACAAAGAGACCAAAGAUAACCAUGAAGGAGCUGCAAAGCUCCACAGCGGAGAUUGGGGUAUCUGUCCAUAGGACCACUUUAAGCCGUACACUCCACAGAGCUGGGCUUUACGGAAGAGUGGCCAGAAAAAAGCCAUUGCUUAAAGAAAAAAAUAAGCAAACACGUUUGGUGUUAGCCAAAAGCCAUGUGGGAGACUCCCCAAACAUAUGGAAGAAGGUACUCUGGUCAGAUGAGACAAAAAUUGAGCUCUUUGGCCAUCAAGGAAAACGCAAUGUCUGGCGCAAACCCAACACCUCUCAUCACCCCGAGAACACCAUCGGCAGGGACUGGGAAACUGGUCAGAAUUGAAGGAAUGAUGGAUGGCGCUAAAUACAGGGAAAUUCUUGAGGGAAACCUGUUUCAGUCUUCCAGAGAUUUGAUACUGUGACGGAGGUUCACCUUCCAGCAGGACAAUGAUCCUAAGCAUACUGCUAAAGCAAGACUUGAGUGGUUUAAGGGGAAACAUUUAAAUGUCUUGGAAUGGCCUAGUCAAAGCCCAGACCUCAAUACAAUUGAGAAUCUGUGGUAUGACUUAAAGAUUGGUGUACACCAGCGGAACCCAUCCAACUUGAAAGAGCUGGAGCAGUUUUGCCUUGAAGAAUGGGCAAAAAUCCCAGUGGCUAGAUGUGCCAAACUUAUAGAGACAUACCCCAAGAGACUAGCAGCUGUAAUUGCUGCAAAAGUUGGCUCUACAAAGUAUUGACUUUGUGGGGGGUGAAUAGUUAUGCACGCUCAAGUUUUCAGUGUUUUUGUCUUAUUUCUUGUUUGUUUCAAAAUAAAACAUAUUUUGCAUCUUCAAAGUGGUAGGCAUGAUGUGUAAAUCAAAUGAUACAAACCCCCCAAAAAAUCCAUUUUAAUUCCAGGUUGUAAGGCAACAAAAUGGGAAAAAUGCCAAGGGUUGUAAAUACUUUCGCAAGCCACUGUAUCUACUGUAUAUAGGGUGAGGAUAGGAUUUUGUGGGUGCUAUUGUACAAUACAUGUUUGAUUCUAUUGUGUGUUUUUGUAAGAAGGUGUACAGUUACUCCUGAAUGCAUUUGUAUGAGUGUGUAUGUGACAGGGUUGCCUGUGUCAGGUUUAUAUUUUAACUGUGUACAGUAGAUACUUAUGUAUGCGUUUGUAUGAGUGUGAAUGUGAUAUUUGUGUUUGUUUUGUGGGUAUAUAGUGCAUUCAGAAAGUAUUCAGACCCCUUCCCUUUUUCCGCAUUUUGUUACGUUACAGCCUUAUUCUAAAAUGGAUUAGAUUAAUUGUUUUCCUCAUCAAUCUAUACACCAUACCCCAUAAUGACAAAGCGAAAACUGGUUUUUAGAAAAUUUAGAAAAUGUAUUUAAAAUAGAAAACAGAUACUUUAUUUACAUAAGUAUUCAGACCCUUUUCAAUGAGACUCGAUAUUGAGCUCAGGUGCAUCUUGUUUGCAUCCUUGAUGUUUCUACACGUUGAUUAGAGUCCACCUGUGGUCUAUUCAAUUGAUUGGAAAGGCACACACCUGUCUAUAUAAGGCCCCACAGUUGACCGUGCAUGUCAGAGCAAAAACCAAGCCAUGGGGUCGAAGGAAUUGUCUGUAGAGCUCCGAGACAGGAUUGUGUCGAGGCACAGAUCUGGGGAAGGGUACCAAAAAAUGUCUGCAGCAUUGAAGGUCCCCAAGAACACAGGAUGGAAUAAUACACACACAAUGGAAGAAGUUUGGAACCACCAAGACUCUUCUUAGAGCUGGCCGCCCGGCCAAACUGAGCAAUUGGGGGAGAAGGGCCUUGGUCAGGGAGGUGACCAAUAACCCGAUGGUCACUCUGACAGAGCUCCAGAGUUCCUCUGUGAAGAUGGGAGAACCUUCCAGAAGGACAACCAUCUCUGCAGCACUCCAUCAAGCCACUCCUCAGUAAAAGGCACAUGACAGCCCGCUUGGUUUGCCAAAAGGCACCUAAAGGACUCUCAGACCAUGAGAGACAAGAUUCUCUGGUCUGAUGAAAUCAAGAUUGAACUCUUUGGCCUGAAUGCCAAGCAUCACGUCUGGAGGAAACCUGGCACCAUCCCUACAGUGACGCAUGGUGGUGGCAGCAUCAUGCUGUGGGGAUGUUUUUCAGCAGCAGGGACUGGGAGACUAGUCAGGAUCGAGGGAAAGAUGAACGGAGCAAAGUACAGAGAAAUAAUUGAUGAAAACCUGCUCCAAAGCGCUCAGGACCUCAAACGAAGGUUCACCUUCCAACAGGACAACGACCCUCCACACAGCCAAGACAACGCAGGCGUGGCUUCGCGACAAGUCACUGAAUGUCCUUGAGUGGCCCAGCCAGAACCUUGACUUGAACCCGAUUGAACAUGUCUGGAGAGACCUGAAAAUAGCUGUGCAGCGAUGCUCCCCAUCCAACCUGAUAGAGGUUGAGAGGAUCUGCAGAGAAGAAUGGGAGAAACCUCAGAAAUACAGGUGUGCCAAGCUUGUAGCGUCAUACCCAACAAGACUCGAGGCUGUAAUUGCUGCCAAAGGUGCUUCAACAAAGUAAUGAGUUAAGGGUCUGAAUACUCCUGUAAAUGUGAUAUGUCCGUUUUUCUUUUAAAUGUGUCAUUAUGGGGUAUUGUGUGUAGAUUGAUGAGGGGGAAAAACGAUUUAAUCAAUUUUAGAAUAAGGCUGUAACGUAACAAAAUGUGGAAAAAGUCAAGGAGUCUAAAUACUUUCCGAAUGAACUGUAUGUGUACUGUAAAUAGUUGCUUGUAGUUGCUUGUAACGUUAGGUGGAUGUUUUAACUGAAAAUCCACUGACUGGCUAUAUCCUGUAUUCUCCAACUCAUAGUUGUGAUGUAUAGUCUUUCAUAGGCAUUUAUCAAUAACAGAGGGGGCUAGGGGGAGUAGCUCCCCUGGCUGAGGCUCAGGUCAAAAGACCAGCUGGAAUAUCAUUUGUCAGAACACAGGGUGCAUGUGCGUGUGGGUGGGUGGGUUGGAGGGGGGCUUGGUUGUACUCUCUGUCAUAGUUUAAUGGUUUUAAUAUGUCCAUUUCAGAUAUCAAUCUGAACCUGUGUAUCGGUGCCAGAACUUCAGCCUCCCCUCUGAGAAGAACUAGUUUACUCUUUUUCCUUGGCUAUAAUAAAUACAUUGAAGUGCGGGCUAAUUGGGUACACAUGUGUAAAACUGUAGAGAGAAAAAGAAAGAUGGACAAGACGAGAGGAGAGGGAGAGAGAAGCAGGAGCUUUCAGCAAGGAUGUAUUGGUUUAUACUGCUGUUAGGCUGCAGAGCCAGAAAGCCUGUUCCCUCCUCGCUCAGACCCAAACAAAACGUCCCCAUCUGAAACAUCAUUUCACUACAUGGCAACGUAGCGCUCCUUAAAUCACCUUGACACAUGCAGGGACUUUACCCUCUUUAUCUCUCUCUCUCUCUCUCUCUCUCUCUCUCUCUCUCUCUCUCUCUCUCUCUCUCUCUCUCUCCUCUCUCUCGCUCUCUCUCUCGGCUCUCUCUCGCUCUCUCUCUCUCGCGCUCUACUCGCUCUCUCUCUCGCGCUUUCUGCUAUCGCCGCUUUCUCUCUCGCGCUUCUCUCCUCGCUCUCUCUCUCUCGCUCUCUCUCUCUCGCUCUCUCUCUCUCUCUCUCGCGCUCUCUCUCUCUCUCUCUUAAUUCAAUUUACAUUUUCAAUGGGCUUUAUUGGCAUGGGAAACGUAUGUUACCAUUGCCAAAGCUAGUGACGUAGAUAGUAAACAAAAGUGAAAUAAACAAUAAAUAUUAACAGUAAACAUUACACUCAGAAGUUCCAAAAGAAUAAAGACAUUUCAAAUGUCGUAUUAUGUGUAUAUAUACAGUGUUGUAACAAUGUGCAAAUAGUUAAAGUACAAAUGGGAAAAUAAAUAUGGGUUGUAUUUACAAUAGUGUUUGUUCUUCACUGGUUGCCCUUUUCUUGUGGCAACAGAUCACAAAUCUUGCUGCUGUGAUGGCACACUGUGGUAUUUCACCCAGUAGAUAAGGGAGUUUAUCAAAAUUGGGUUUGUUUUCUAAUUCUUUGUGGAUCUGUGUAAUCUAAGGGAAAUAUGUGCAAGGCUAUGCUCACUGAGUCUGUACAUAGUCAAAGUUUUCCUUAGGUUUGGGUCAGUCACAGUGGUCAGGUAUUCUGCCACUGUGUACUCUCUGUUUAGGGCCAAAUAGCAUUCUAGUUUCAUUCCAAUGUGUCAAGUAAUUCUCUUUUUGUUUUCUCAUGAUUUGGUUGGGUCUAAUUGUGUUGUUGUCCUGGGUCUCUGUGUGGUCUGUUUGUGUUUGUGAACAGAGCCCCAAGACCAGCUUACUUAGGGGACUCUUCUCAAAGUUAAUCUCUCUGUAGGUGAUUGCUUUGUUGUUUGAGAAUGGCUCUCUCUUUCGCUCUCUGUCUCACUCUAUCUGCACAUGCUCACCAGUGGCUAAGGACUGAUAAUUUACUGUGACUGCUUUAGCGUCUUGGAGUGAGGAUGCAGUGAGUUGUUUUCGCUAUAAAGGGAAAGAUGUCCAAGUCUCCGCUCCUUUCCCUCUCCCAGGUCUUACCUCUGUUGUGUUGAUGAAGAAGUGUGUCCCUCCCUCCUCUGACUGCCAAGAUAAAUUAGCCCAUCUCUGCAAAAUAUUUUUUUCCUCUUCAGUAGGGAAAGAUUACCAAAGUUAAUUUGACCUGCGAAUCCGCCCAAAUCACAAAGCGGAACGAAGCAGGAGUCACAUUUGGAGCCUGUGAUUCAGGAGAUGUUAAAGUCUCGCCACGCUGUAAGACAGCUGACAGACUUUAGUAUGUGGGGGUGUUCCUCCUCCAUUCCCUAUAUAGUGCACUACUUUUGACCAGAGCCCUAUCGGCCCUGGUCAAAGUAGUGCACUAUGUUGGAAAUAGGGUGCCAUUUGGUACGCAGGCCAUGUUGAUGGAAUAACCCAGAGAGAGACUAGAGCCAAUGGCUUCAGUGCUUCAGGCAGGUAAUAGACAAACUCCUGAUUGUGUUGACCUUUCCUGGCCAAUCACAUUAAGCAACAGUGAAGUGUGUCUGAUCUGGUUCCGAAGCCGGGCAGGUUUGGAUCGCCGUUAAAAAUCUCUCUCUCUCUCUCUCUGUCUUCUGUCCCCAACCCUCACCAACCCCCACAUCUCUCUCCAGAUGUUUGUGAAGACACUGUUUGACUACGACCCCAAGCGGGAGGACAAAGCCAUCCCGUGUACGGAGGCGGGCCUGGCCUUCAAGAGGGGAGAUAUCCUUCAGAUCAUGAGCCAGGAUGAUGCAAACUGGUGGCAGGCUAAACAAGAUGGCCAUGCCAACCCCCGCGCAGGCCUCAUACCCUCCAAACACGUUCCAGGAGGAGUGAUGAGAUAUCCAGGAACAGACACACCAAAAACAAACCCCAACACCAAACCCCAAAACCAUACCACAAUAAACUCUGAUACUCCCCCCCUACCCAAUGUCCUUACAACCAUCUCAUCCAAUAAAACCUCUUCCCCUGUUUCCAGCCAGGGCAAG